CUGAAUUUCCGUCAGAUUUUUCCACUCAACAUUUAUUUUUUUUAUUUUUUUAAAAAUUUGAAACAGGCUAGAAUAAUUACCAAUGUUAUCCGCAAGGGCUGCUCUGUUGUCUGGAAGAACAACAGCUCAAGUUUACGCAUCAAGUUGUAGAUUGAUACAUAGAUAUCCACUAAAUCCAGAAUGGGCCGAGAAAGCUAAAAAAGAAUUGAAGGGAGUUGAUCCAGAGGAAAAGCUGACAUGGAAAACACCUGAGGGAAUCAAUAUAAAACCAUUAUACACAAGCCAAGAUACUGCAAAUAUUGAAGACGAAAUUCCUGGAAAAUACCCAUACACACGAGGUCCCUAUGCAACUAUGUAUACAUUUCGUCCAUGGACCAUAAGACAGUAUGCAGGAUUCAGCACUGUGGAAGAGAGCAACAAGUUUUAUCGAAAAAACAUAGCUGCUGGACAACAAGGUCUUAGUGUAGCAUUUGAUUUAGCCACUCACCGUGGCUAUGAUUCAGAUAAUCCUAGAGUACAUGGUGAUGUGGGUAUGGCUGGAGUGGCAGUUGACUCUGUUGAGGAUAUGAAGGCAUUAUUUGAUGGUAUACCAUUGGACAAAAUGAGUGUUUCCAUGACGAUGAAUGGUGCUGUGUUACCAGUGCUUGCAAUGUAUGUUGUUGCUGCUGAAGAACAGGGUGUCAGCCAGGACAAAUUAACGGGUACUAUACAAAAUGAUAUUUUAAAGGAAUUUAUGGUGAGAAAUACCUACAUAUAUCCUCCAGAACCGUCCAUGAAAAUUAUUGGUGAUAUAUUUUCAUAUACAGCUCAGAACAUGCCUCGCUACAACAGUAUAUCUAUAUCAGGUUAUCACAUGCAAGAAGCUGGUGCCGAUGCUGUGUUAGAAACAGCUUUCACGAUUGCUGAUGGCUUGGAGUAUUGCAACACUGGUAUAAAGUCUGGUCUUAACAUUGACAACUUUGCACCACGUUUGUCUUUCUUCUGGGGUGUUGGGAUGAACUUCUAUAUGGAGAUCGCUAAAUUUCGUGCUGCUCGAAAACUCUGGGCCACCUUGAUAAAAGAAAAGUUUAAUCCAAAGAAUACCAAAUCACUUUUACUUCGCACCCACUCGCAGACAUCUGGAUGGUCCCUAACUGAGCAAGAUCCAUACAACAAUGUGGUACGUACAGCGAUCGAAGCCAUGGCUGCAGUGUUUGGUGGGACGCAGUCAUUACACACGAAUUCUUUUGAUGAAGCACUUGCGUUACCAUCAGAAUUCAGUGCACGCAUUGCACGUAACACGCAGAUCAUCUUGCAAGAAGAGUCGGGAAUAACUAAGGUUGCAGAUCCGUGGGGCGGUUCCUAUAUGAUGGAAAGUCUAACUGAUGAAGUGUACGAUGCUGCCAGAAAAAUAAUUGACGAGAUUGAAGAGAUGGGAGGUAUGGCUAAGGCAGUGGCUUCUGGGAUGCCGAAAUUGAGAAUUGAAGAAAGUGCUGCUAAAAGACAAGCAAGAAUAGAUUCCAAUCAAGAAACGAUUGUGGGAGUUAAUAAAUACAAAUUGUUGAAAGAAGAUGAAGUGGAUGUAUUGAUUGUUGACAAUAGCAAAGUUCGUGAAAGCCAAAUCGCGAAAAUAAAUCAAAUUAAAAGCACAAGAGACAGCACAAAGGCUACAGAAGCACUGAAAGCUUUAACUGAAUGUGCGUUUAGUGGUGAAGGAAACCUGAUGGCGUUGACUAUAAAUGCGUCACGUGCUCGUUGUACAGUCGGUGAAAUAUCAGAUGCAAUGGAGGAGGCUUUUAAACGUCAUGUCGCUACUGGUAGAAUGGUCAGUGGUGCUUAUAAAUCAGAAUAUGGGUCGAACAAAGAAAUCGACAAUGUCAUUAAGAGAGUCGAGUCGUUCAAAGAUCAAGUUGGACGUCGACCUCGUAUAAUGGUGGCCAAGAUGGGUCAGGACGGUCACGAUCGUGGCGCGAAAGUGAUUGCUACCGGAUUUUCUGAUCUCGGCUUUGAUGUGGAUGUUGGUCCAUUAUUCCAGACACCAAGUGAGGUGGCGCAGCAAGCUGUUGAUUCCGAUGUACACGCAGUUGGUGCAAGUACGCAAGCUGCUGGUCAUAAAACCUUAGUUCCAGAGCUAGUGCGAUGCUUAAAAGAGCUGGGACGAGAAGAUAUCGUGGUUGUGUGCGGUGGUGUAAUUCCUCCGCAAGAUCACCAAUACUUGUACGAGAAAGGCGUGACCAGUAUAUUUGGACCAGGGACACGAAUACCUGAAGCGGCAUACAAAAUGAUGGACGACAUUGAAAUCAAUCUUAAAUUAAUAGAUCCACCAAAACAGUCAACAUCUUAAUAACUACAACCACCCUGAAUUCUUGAAAUUACAAAAACCUUUAUUCGAGGGGAAACGUUGGAAGAAAACGAUGAAGCUAUUGUAUUUGAGAAAUCUUGCGAAAUCUUUAUAAUAAAUUUAAACAAUUUGCUUAUCCUGGGAACAUGUUUUUUUAUUUAUACCAGCUCGGUACAAUGCUGGUAAAA